AUGAGUAACGUCACUGAGAAAUUGGGCAUCAAGAUUGAAACAAACCCAUCUGAAGAAACACUCACACAACUUGGUGUUAGACAAUGGUCCAAAUGGGGUUGUCCUCCAAGCAAAUUCCCAUGGACUUAUGAUUCAAAAGAGACAUGCUAUCUUCUAGAAGGAAAAGUUAAGGUAACACCAAAUGGAGCAAAUGAGUCGGUUGAAUUUGGUGCUGGUGAUUUGGUUGUAUUUCCUAAAGGAAUGAGUUGUACUUGGGAUGUUUCUGUUGCUGUCAACAAGCACUAUAUCUUUGAAUAA